AUGGGCACCCCGCAGGACCGAGCGCCUACCCCUGAUGAGAACGAUCGGGUGCUGCACUUCCUACGGCACCACCUUUGCGCCACGCUCAAGAAUGAGUACAUGGGAUUGCGGAGCCCACUCACUCUUUGGACCAUACUCAAGAAGCGGUUCGAGAAGUUGAAGUACACCAUCCUGCCCCAAGCAGAGCAGGACUGGGCUCGCCUGAGGUUCGCCGACUUCAAGAGCGUCUCCGAGUACAACUCCACGCUGCACCAGAUCUGUACUAACCUCUCCCUCUGCGACAAGGUUGUCACGGAUACGGAGAAGAUCGAGAAGACACUCUCCACCUUCCACCCUAGCACUGUGCAGAGCGCUUGUAACUACAGGCAAGCGUCAUACAAGGAGUAUGACGAGAUGAUCGACAUCAUGCAGGUGUCUGAAUCUCAUGACGAGGUUCUCCGCAAGAACUUUGUCUCCCAACCGCCUGGCAAGAGUGUUGGCCUUGAAGUCAAUGCUAGCAGUUACAAGGUCCGCAAGCCUGUCCAGAGGAAGAGGGGCAAGCGUGGUGGGAAGAAGGUAGCUGAGAAGUCAGAGGGAAAAGCUCCAGCUGCCCAGGGAGCACAGGGAGGCAAGGGCAAGAAGGAAGCCAAGCCACCUCGCAAUGACAAGGCAUAUGGCCAGCAGGACUAG